AUGGGGAAUAAUACUAAAUUUAGGGAAAAGAUUUACUUCCCCAAGGAUGGAGUUAACUAUACAGGCCUCCUGAUAGGCCCUAGAGGAGCCUUUCAGAAGAAACUUGAAAAUGAUACUGGCAGUAAGAUCCUCUUAAGAGGAAAGGAAACUAAUAAGAGUGGCGACAAGCUCAAAUCAGAUGACUCCGAGGAGCAACAUGCUUUAGUACUCGCUCCUACCCAAGAGGUACUGCAGAGAGGUAUUGAAGCAGUCCAGAAGAUAGUCUUUGCUGAUUCAAAGACUAAGCAAGAAAUGAGAUAUCAACAGUUAAGUAUUGGAAAUUCAAUGAAUAAUAACACACUUCAAGAGAGUAUAAGUGGAGAAAUUCCAGAUAGCCUGAUGACCCUAACAGGCCCUCCAAGUAAGACUGCUUUUGUAAUGUCUGUGCCAGAUGGCUGAACAGCCCUGAUAAUUGGAAAAGAAGGGAGCACAAUAAAGCUUCUUCAAGAACAAUCUAAUACUAAAAUUCAGGUGGCUAAAGAUAAAAGAAAGGAAAAGAAUGAGAGAUAUAUCUUUAUUGAUGGAACUGAAGGCCAAUAUGAAUUUGCCAAACAGUUAAUCCAUGGUGUAAUAGAGGAUUGGGAGCAAAUUCAGAGAAAGAAAAUGCUAUUCAAUGAAAAGAAUAUGAAUGAUUCCAUCACUCCAAUCUCUGUCCCAGAAGAAUGAGCAUCUCUGAUGGUUGAACCAGGUGUAUUACAGAGUUUAAGAAAUGGAGUCACUUUCUUUGAAGAUAUUCAGAAUAAAUUUGGUGUAAAAAUUUAUGUUCCUCAUUUUCCUGAUCCGAAUACGAACAUAAGGGUAAUAGAAGUUUGUGGAAAAUCUCGGAAUAUGGGUAAAGCAGUAAGUGAGAUCAAGACUUUUAUCCGUGAAAACUCUAAAGGAGAUUGCACAUCAGAGAUAUCUACUUACAAUGAAGGAACAUAUGAGACUCAGAAAGCGAUCGAAACUCCAACUUUAGGCCAAACCAAUACAUUCCCCAUUAAUCCCUCAGAGACCUCUGAAAGUCCAAUCUACUACUCUCAAGCACCCCAAACUCCCACUCCAGAUCCUCACUACGCUCCCUCAGACCCUCAUUACACUACUUCAGACCCCCAUUUCCACCCUCAAGAAUACCCUCCUCCUUCAUUCACCCCUUCUUCCUUCCCACCUCACUACCCACAAUCUCCCCCACAGCAAUUCUACCCCCAAACUCAACCCAUAUACCCCCUAAACAUACCUUAUGACCACGGAAUUGAUCCGUUAGGUCUCUACAAACCCAUUCCAUCCCUUUCCAGCCCUCCUAUCGGCCUAGAAAAUGAGUUUCAGGCCUCUCCAAAACCAAGAGAAUUUAACCAACAGGCUCAUGAUUAUGCCACCCAUUACUCUAGAGUAAUGGGUUACGAUUACCUGUAUAACUAUGAUUAUUAUAUGAGUCAUCUUGCUUAA